AUGUCAGCAUGGCGUGGCAGAAAAUGUAGUGAUACUGAUGUACCUGCUGAUAAAUCUACAAUACCUUUAUCUAUUAAAGAAAUACUUGCAAAUGAAUUUCAUAAUUUGAUGAAAAUAUCUGUUGUUGUAAUGGAUGGUGUAUUAAAGGAUUCAGAGAAAGAUUGUAAAAUAACAAUGAGAUGUAUAAGAAGAAAAGAAUGGGCCAAGUUAUUUAUAAAGUUGUGUUUCACUUUUUCACCUUCCAAUCUUCAAUUGCCUAAAUGUCAUUCUUGGCUUUUUCACACUGAUGAAACAAUUAGACAAUUUGGACCUCUCAAUGGUAUUACUACUGAAACAUAUGAAGCAUUGCACAAGUCAUAU